UGAGUCAAACUGCUGAUUUAUGGCUUUUAUGCCCAAAAAGAAGAAGUGGUUAAAAUCUGAUCCAGCAAAAAGAAACUGUCUGCACUUGGACAAUGACGCCAACACUCCUAUUGUGGGUCCUCAUCCUAAAUGCCUCGCUCAAGCCCUCAGAAAGCCAUGGGCGAGACUUUGAAGAGGUGAAGGACUAUGAGGUGGUCCGACCUGUCAGACUACACACAGUUAGAAAAAGAGACACAGAGCAUCUCAGGCCUGAGACCAUGAAGUAUGCAAUGACUGUGGGAGGAAGAGACAUUGAAAUGCACUUAGAAAAAAAUAAUGAAUUACUCACCAAAGACUACACUGAAACUUACUACCAAGAAGAUGGGACUCGAGUCACCAAAACUCCGAAUGACAUAGAUCACUGCUACUAUCAUGGGAAGAUUCUGAAUGACAAUGAAUCAUCUGUUAGCAUCAGCACCUGUGAUGGACUCAGAGGUUACUUCAGGACGUCUGCCCAGAGGUACCUGAUUGAGCCCCUAUCUGAUGGGGAUGAGGGGGAUCAUGCGGUGAUGACUUUUGACAACAAGACCUACACGCCUGCAGUUUGUGGUGUCACCAACACCAGCUGGAGUAGCGACUUCGAACCCCCAACAAGCCGGAGCCGCUCCAGAUCAGCGGGCAUAUCUAUCGUCCAGCAACAGAAAUACAUUGAGCUGUACCUCGUUGCUGAUGAUCGUGCGUACACGAAGAUGAAGAGAGAUGAGGCAAAGCUCAGAAAGAGGAUAUUUGAAAUUGUCAACUUUGUCAACAUGGCAUACAAGCCCUUGAGGACCUUCAUUGCUCUGGUAGGACUGGAAGUCUGGACCAAUGGGGACUUGAUCAGUGUGACCCCCCCAGCUGGGGCCAACCUAAAUGCUUUUAUGAAUUGGAGGAACAGUGACCUGAUAAAAAGGAAAAAGCAUGACAACGCACAUCUCAUCAGUGGUAUUGACUUUGAAGGAGCUACUGUGGGACUGGCCUACAUUGGGACUCUUUGCUCAGGUCAUUCUGUUGGAGUAAUAGAGGAUCAUAAUGACCGGGCCAUUGCAGUGGGUGCGACACUGGCCCAUGAGAUGGGCCAUAACCUGGGCAUGGACCAUGAUGACUCUAGUGCCUGUGCUUGUGUUGGUGAUAGCUGCAUCAUGGCUGCAGCACUGAGCUGGAAUGUUCCUCGAACUUUUAGUAGCUGCAGCAGCAGCAACUAUGAGAAAUACCUGAUCAAGCGCAGCCCCAGCUGCAUGCUGGACAAACCAGACUACAGAGCUGUGGUGGCUCCUUCAGUCUGUGGGAACGGCUUUGUGGAGAGAGGGGAGCAGUGUGACUGUGGCAGUGUGGAGGAGUGCUUCAACCCAUGCUGCAAUGCCACCACCUGCACCCUGAAGGAGGGUUCACAGUGUGCUGAGGGCGAGUGCUGUGACAACUGUAAGAUCUCACCUAGUACCACGGAGUGCCGCAGAAAGCAGGAUGAAUGUGAUCUGGCAGAGUACUGCGAUGGGAAGAGCACCACCUGUCCUGAGGAUGUCUUUGCGGUGAAUGGCCUCCCAUGCGAUGGAGACCUGGGAUACUGCUACAACGGCCAGUGUCCACAGAGGCCAAACCAGUGUUUCAAACUGUAUGGACCAAGUGCUACAGAGGGCCGUCUUAAAUGCUAUAACCAUAACACCAGAGGAACCUACUACGCCUUCUGCAGACGUAUAGAAGACCAGUACAUCCCCUGCCAGCAACAAGACGUGUUUUGUGGGAAGCUCUUCUGCCAUGGCGGUAAUGCCAACCCAGCCUACGGCCGCAUGGUCAGGGUCGGUGACUGCAAGGCAGCUUUCUUUGAGGACCACACCAAAGACUACGGCCAGGUGGACACUGGGACCAAAUGUGGGGAUGGAAAGGUGUGCAGCCAGAGUCAGUGUGUGGAGCUUGAGACAGCGUACAGAAAUGUAAACUGUUCGGCAAAAUGCAGCGGCCAUGCUGUGUGCAACCACAGAAGUGAGUGUCAGUGUGAGCCUGGCUGGAUGCCUCCUUACUGCGAGUCCAAGGAUACAAGUUUGAAUCCCAUUUCUACAGGACCAGCUAUUGCCAUCGCAGUGGUAGUUGUUCUAGUGGUUUUAGGUAUCAUUGCUGCUGUGUUAGGAUUCUGGUGGAAAAAACGCCAAAGUCCCAUAUUGCCAACUACACAAACGCGGAGGAAGCCGACAGCAGUGAACAGCUCCGCUCACCACCUAAACAGUGCACCAGUUCCUAGUCAACCCAUGCCAGUGCAGGGUGGAAGGCGAAAGCCCAAAGCAGCUCCACCUCCACCUCCGCCAGCAGGGAACAGACCUAAACCUCCGAGCCAGAACUACACAGCUGCACGCCAGGCUCUGAGGCCAGUACCUCCACCAAAGGUCUGAUGUCUGACACUGUGCCACCCCUUUGUAAAUCUGGAGAGACUCUUCUUUGUCCAUAGUCCCCAACGAGCAGCUGCUGGUGAUCCAGAGAAGCAGUUUCCUCUGCAGUUUUUUUCCACUGCAACGCUGUCUGAAGCACGAUCGAGUGUUUGUUCCAGUGACGUGCAGCGUGCAGGAUGAACAUACUGGAUUUAAAAUUGUUACUUGCUUGCCAUGCACUGAGGACUUGAUAUUACAGGGAUGAACUUGUUUUUAAGGCACUUUUUUAUUAUACAGGGUUGGGGUUUGUACAACUGCAAACAGCUCUGGCCCUGAAUGUGAGCCAUAUCAUUUUAUACAUGUUGUGUUAUUUUGUCACAAAAACGGUACAGAAUAUUGCACAAGACUAGAUUCAAUUGUGAAUCAGUAUUCAGCGACUGCAGUUGUUUGUUGAUAUUUCAUGUUGUAUUUUUAAGCCUCAGAAAUAUCCUGAACUGCUUUCAUUAGCUUGAUCCAACAUUUCAGGCACUCUAGUGCAGUACAGUGCAAUUUAAUAGAAAUACUAACUCAGAUUUCAGAAAACAAACAGUGAUUAGGACUGCAUUUACCUUGCCCCUCUUAAGUUCUGUAAUAUGCUACAUGUCCAUAUUUUUUGUUAAAUCUCAAGCAAUACCUUCAUUAAUUAUCAAUUAAAAUACAAGACAGUAAUAGAUGAAAUGAUUUUUUUGUAAGAAGACACAUUAGGUCUGUGAGAGUGUAGACAAUGGCAGAACCCAGUGUUAAGACAAAAAUACACCAUGUUAAACAAGAUCAAGUUAAUUUCCAAAUAAAUAAAAUAUAAUUUUUAUGUUCUACAAUCAGCACACUGCUUGAGAUUUAAGCAAAACAUUUGACAAUGUAGGUUGUAAUUUAUUGUUAUUUCUUAUCUGGUUUAUGUAAAUACAUUUUUUAAAUGCACAUUUAUCAUAGUGCUGCUUGUUUCAAGUUCUCUAUGUGAACAGGUACAAAAUAAAAUACCCAGGUUUCACAGUCAGUACUGAGGCUGAAGGUGGUGGGGUUUUUCUAAAUGUUGCUUGUCGCAUUUCUAACCAAAACCUUGUAACUUGUGAAACAUGAGGGUUCAAAGCAGCGAGGAUUUAUAGUAAAUAAUGAUAAUGAUGACUGUAUAUGUUGAAAUGUAGCCAAUAUCUGAAAAACACAAGACAUCAUGUUACUGUCCUAAAUUGUGUUAAAGAAAGCCCAUACCCAGGUGGUAGUAAUCUUGAUUUUAAAAGGCCUGUGACUGAAUAUUACUCCUCUCUGCUUUAACCGUUUGCCCUCGAGGGAGGCAGUGACCCCAGAUUAUGCUACUGAAAGAGGGUAGGGUUGUAACAGGCAGCUCUGAGCAAAAAUGUCUAUGAUGUGUCACAAAAAAGUGUUGCAAACAGAACUACUUAAUGAAAUUUAAUAAUGGGAAACUGUUAUUGUUUUGUAUAAAUGCAUUGUGUACAAAAAGCAAAAUCUUAAAGCUAUACUUGGAUUUUUUUUUUAACACACUUGUCCUGUCUUAAAGCUGCAUAAAGACUUUUUUCCAUGGA